GAAGAGUCCAGCCAGCGGCGUGGCCAGAUCCCACUGGGUCUUUGUCGACGGUGUUUUGAAGCACAAGCACGUUGGGAUUUCCCCGGAAAACUCUGUCAAGCUCGGAAAGCAAGAAGUCGACGCAUUGUUCGAGGAAUUGAACAAGGCUUAGGUACUAAAAGUUGGCAGCUGCCAUUCUCAUUGUGUAUUUUCAUCAACGUUGUAACUCAAGCAAAGGAUAUGGAGACAAUAGCAAGGGGUCAGUGUAUGAAUGGAGCGGUGGAAACGGUGCGCGAGACUGUUUCGCGGCUGGCCCUAUUUUUUCAUCUUCAGAGCCGUGUACCUCUUGGUCUACAAGCUUUGCAUGUCGAUAGACUAAUAUUAUAUAUACAGAUUUUAUACGUCAACAGUGAGCCAAACACUGGAUGGACUUUGAAGGCAUUAUCAAUCUAGAACUGUCUCUUGACAAAGUGGUAGACGAUUGGGGUCACGUACAAGGCGGCGGCAACGAGACCAGCAAACUUCAAGGUCUCGUUGGUGGCUUGUUGAAGCAUCUUCUUUUCUUCUUCGGUUGGUUGAGGUUGGCCGCCGAACAUU